AUGUGGUUGGGGGUCAAAUAUGUGAUUAAUGCUGAAUCCAACAGUAACAAGUAUGUCUUUAGACGAUUCCGACUCUCCGGAACUCAAACCUCUCGUACUCAAAGCUUCAUGUUGGCGUUAAGUCCAUAUAAUACGGGAACCCAAGUCACUCAGGAUCUGGAACGAAAAUUGCUAGAAUGCGAUGCUGUCAGCGCCACUUUUCGUCGCAUCCAGAAUCUAGGGCAAAAGGAUGUGGAUCCCGGUUUGGGUGUAUGCCACGCAGCAGAGAGUUCCUCUCGUUACCAUAAGCAAAGAGGGGGUAGAUGGUUUCGGUCGCGGACGUCGGAACGGGAGGAGAGGAGGGAGGUUUCUCACCUCCCCAUCGCAACUGGGACCAAAGGUGUCCAGCGAAAUGUCAGCCAGCGUGAAAAGGGAAUCAGGCAUCGCAAGGCCUGCUUAGCGAACCGCGCUAUCCUCCAGUUUUGGUUGAUCAAGGACGCGGCUGUGGGCUGUCCUGACGGCUGA